GGAGCUCGCUCGGUCGCUCUCGCGGUCUGUCUCGGCGGCGGACGGCCUGCGAUCAUCCCCGCCGGGAGGAACCGUGCAGCGGAGAGAGAGAGUGGCCGGCAGCAGCGGCUGUGAGAGGCGAGCCGGAGAGUGAGCGGGAAUUGGAGCAGGAUCGACAUUACCGCGGCGGAGAUGUGCGCGGCGGGGAGGCGCUGGGGCCGGCGGCAGCGAGCUCUGCUCUGGGCCGUCCUGCUGGCGGCGUGGGAGGCGGCGUGGGGGCAGCUGCGCUACUCGGUGCCCGAGGAGAUGCCCAAGGGCUCCUUCGUGGGCGACGUGGCCAACGACCUGGGGCUGCAGCUGCCGGCGCUAAGCGAUCGCGGCGUCCGAGUGGUCUCGGAAGGUAGGACGCAGUAUUUCGCUCUGCACGGGAAGACGGGACAUUUAGUGACGGCGGAGAGGAUCGACAGAGAGCAGCUGUGCCGGCUGGUGGAGAAAUGCGUGCUGCGCUGUGAGCUGAUCGUGGAGGGGGAAAUGAAGUUUUAUGAAAUAGAAGUCAGUAUCAUGGACAUUAACGACAACGCACCGAGCUUCAAGGAAAUUGAGCUGGAAGAGAGAAUAAGCGAGAUGACAGCCCCGGGGUCACGGUUUCCCCUGCCAGACGCUCACGACCCGGACUCGGGCCGGAAUUCCCUGCAGCGCUACGAGCUGAGCGGUGACGAGCACUUCUCGCUGGCCGUGCAGGCGGGCCCCGGCGGCGAUCAGCGUCCCGAGCUGGUGCUGGCCAAGGCGCUGGACCGGGAGGAGGCGGCGUUUCACGAGCUGGUGCUGAGGGCGAGCGACGGCGGCGAUCCGGCACGGACGGGCACGGCUCGGAUCCGUGUGACGGUGGUGGACGCGAACGACAACGCGCCAGUGUUCAGCCAGGCGGAGUACACGGUGCGUGUGCCCGAGGACGUGCCCGUGGGCUCUGUCCUUGUCACCGUCACAGCCACGGAUGCCGAUGAGGGGCUGUACGGGCUUGUGAAAUACUCGUUUAAAAAAAUAACAGAAAGAGCCUCGAACAUAUUUCUUUUGGACUCCGAGACUGGAGCGAUCACUCUUUUGCAAAGCCUGGACUUCGAGGAAGGAGACUCUUACGAACUGGAGGUGCAGGCACGGGACGGUGGAGCCUUUUUCGACACUGCCAAAGUCACGAUCACCGUGACAGACAUAAACGAUAACACACCAGUGAUUUCGGUAAGGUCAGCGCUAAGUGAGAUCUCUGAGGACGCCCCAUCGGGGACAGUGGUCGCCCUGCUGCAUGUGAAUGAUCGCGACUCGGGGGCGAAUGGCGAGGUGCACUGUUCGAUCGACGGGGGCGUCCCGUUCCGGCUGCAGAGCUCACACGGCAGCUACUACAGCGUGGUGACAGCGAGAGAGCUGGACCGAGAGCAGGUGUCGGAGUACAAGGUGACGGUGCGGGCGGCGGACGGCGGGUCGCCGGCGCUGCAGAGCAGCGCGGUGCUGGCGCUGCGGGUGCUGGACGUGAACGACAACGCGCCGGUGUUCGCGGAGGAGCGCUACAGCGCGCGGCUGGCGGAGAACAACGCGGCGGGCGCGCUGGUGCUGAGGGUGCUUGCGACGGACGCGGACGCGGGGCAGAACGCGCGCGUGCGGUACCGGCUGCGGGAGGGGCGGGUGCGGGGCGCGCCGCUGUCGUCGUACGUGUCGGUGCAGGCGGAGACGGGCGCGCUGUACGCGCUGCGCUCCCUGGACUACGAGCAGGUGCGCGAGCUGCAGCUGUGGGUGGUUGCGGAGGACGGCGGCGCGCCGGCGCUGAGCGGCAACGCGUCGGUGCGGCUGCUGAUCGCGGACGAGAACGACAACGCGCCGCGGGUGCUGUACCCGCCGGCGGGCGCGGGCUCGGGCGGCGCGUGGUCGGGCGUGGAGCUGGCGCCGCGCGGGUCGGAGGCCGGCGCGCUGGUGGCCAAGGUGGUGGCGGUGGACGCGGACGCGGGGCAGAACGCGUGGCUGUCGUACGAGCUGGCCAAGGCCACGGAGCCGGGGCUGUUCCGCGUGGGGCUGCACAGCGGCGAGGUGCGCACGGCGCGCUUGCCGCUGGCCCGCGACGCGGCGCGCCACAGCCUGGUGGUGGUGGUGAAGGACCACGGGCGGCCGGCGCUGUCGGCCACGGCCACGCUCAGCGUGCUGCUGGCCGACAGCGUGGCCGAGCUGCUGGCCGAGCUGGGCGGCGCGGCCGAGGCGGCGGCGCCGGGCGAGCCGGCCGGCGGCCUGACGCGCUGGCUCGUGCUGGCCGUGGCCGCCGUCUCCUGCCUCUUCCUCGCCUUCCUGCUGCUGCUGCUGGCGCUGCGCCUGCGGCGCUGGCGCCGCCGCCAGCUGCUGCCGCCCGCCGCCGCCGCCGCCUUGCGCGGCGUGCCCGUCUCGCACUUCGUGGGCAUCGACGGCGUGCGCGCCUUCCUGCACUCCUACUCGCACGACGUGUCGCUCACGGCCGACUCGCGCAAGAGCCACCUGCGCUUCUCCCGCGACAGCUGCUGCGACACCCUCCCGGCGCGGCCGCUGCCCGACGAGCCCAAGCCGCUGCUCGGCGACGAGGAUUCUGCUGCCGCCCGCCCCUCGGACCCCUCCGCUCCCUCGAAUCCUUCAGUUCCUUACCAUGAUGGUGGUGAGCAGACAAAUGUACCUCCCUUCUGGGUGUGGCUGCAGGGAACUAUCAUCUCAUGAUCAAGUGGACCAGAGAGGAGAUGGCCACAAGCAAAACCUCCCAGCUGCAUGGCGCAGAAGAAGAAGAAGAGAGGGGAGCUGUGUGUGUGAGGCUGGAGAAGAAGUCGGUCAUUCCCUUGCUUGUCAUAUGUCACAGAUAACACAGGCCCGUGCCUGAUGGAGUGCAGUGUGAUUGGAGUUGCUUCUGUGGAGCAAGUGAGCCCUACAAAAUGUUAUUGCAUCUGUUCAUUUCUCUGUGUUUCUGACUCUUGCACUGCUUGUUGUCAUGAGCUCAGCCUGAGCGUGUCUGAUCUUGUGUGGAAGGUCUCCUCUGUCCCGAUUGCCCGAGUGCAGGUGCAGUUCCCACACGCACCUGGGAUGGUUCCAGCUGUAAAGAGGAAGGGUUUCAUAAGCACAGCUGUGCUCACCCAGGAGCACUUUGUCUGUCGUGUAAUAAUGCAGAAACAUCUCUGCUGCGGUCGUCAAAGUGCAGAGCAGCCACCCAGCCCAGCCAAGGUUUCCAUGAACAGAUCAGGGGCCAGGGGGAGAACCUGUGCAGUGUCCCCCACAUCAUCACCUGGAGGAACAUGCUGGGCAAUCAUCUGGAGGCUGUUAAAUGGCUGAGGAACAGGCUGCACAGCCAUCUCCAAAGAGUUCUUGGCAGUGGCUCCAUGUCCAGCUGGAAAGCAGUAACUUGUGUUGUCCCUCAAGGGUCCUUACUGGGACCAGGACUGUUUAGUACCUCCAUGGACAAUGGGAUCGAGUGCACCCUGAGAACAUUUGCAGCUGCCACCAGUGUGAGUUGAUUCCCCAGAGGGCAGAGAUGCCACCGAGGGCUGGGCUGGAGAAGUGGCCCCGUGCAACCAUCACGGAGGUGAACAGGGCAAAGUGCAAGGUCCUGCAGCCGGGGUAGGGCAAUCCCCAGUGUGAACAGAGAGCAGGGGACAGGGAAGCGCUUAGCAGAGAAGUACUUUGGGUUCUGGGUGGGUGACAAGAUGGGCCAUGAGCCGCCCAUGGGCACCUGCUGCUCCGAUUGUGUCCUGCACUGCACAACAAGUUUUGUGCCCGGCAGGUCGAGGGAGAUCCUUCCCCCCUCUAAACGCUUUUUGUGAGACCAUAGACUGCAUGCAGAUCCUGGGCCAGUAUCCCAAAUGGACAUGCUGGAGUCCCCAGAGGGAUCAUGGAAUUGAUCUGAGGGUUGGAACAUCUCUGCUGUGCAGAAGGACUGAAGGAGUUUAGGUCUUCAAGCAUGGAGAAAUGAUACCUCUGUGAUGCCUUUUCAAAUUAUCUCGCUGUAUCAGUUUUUAAAAUAAGCUUAAAGGAAAUAUGGACAGAUCCCCUUUUCCAAGGGCUGGUGGUCAUCAGACAGCAGAGAAGUGUUUUUAACUAAAAGAAGGGAGGUUUUGAUUAGGAGAAAGCUUUGGAGUGUGGGUUGUGAGAAAUUGGAACAUAUU